CUUGAGAACUUACUAUCCUUGCGCUCAGUGGAAGGACACGGCGAGGCCAACGAUUGUACGAGGUGUUCGGUGCAGAGGAGAUUUAGGCCUGGGCACUUGACAAUUCACAUUAUAAACAUGUUAUCGAGACUGGUGCUCGUUUCAGGCCCUGUUCUCAAGAACAGUGGAUCCUUCGGAGCCUGUGUGGUCCAGGCGUCUCGUUCCCUCCAAACAUCCCAUCAGAACCAGGCUCCACUGCCCCCUCUCCCAGAGAAAGGAGGUCAGGUCCGCCAUGGAAUCAUCCCAGAGGAGCUUUUCACAAUGUUGUACCCCAAGACUGGUGUGACAGGUCCCUACAUGCUGGGCACUGGUCUUCUGCUCUACAUGCUCUCCAAGGAGAUCUAUGUUGUCAACCAUGAGACCUUCGCUGCUGCCUCCAUUGGUGCUGUCAUCAUUUAUGGAGUCAAAAAGUUUGGCCCUGAUGUUGCAGCCUUUGCUGAUAAGCUUAAUGAGGAGAAAGUGGCUAAGGCACAGGAGGUGAAGGACCUGGCUACGACCAACCUGGCCCUGGCCAUUGAAGAUGAGAAGAAGGAGCAGUGGAGGGUCGAGGGACGACAGAUGCUCUUCGAUGCCAAGAGGAACAAUGUCGCAGUGCUUCUUGAGACCAACCGCAGGGAACGACUCCACAUGGUCACCAACGAGGUGAAGAAACGCUUGGACUAUCAGAUCGCGCUGCAGCAGCUCCACGUCCGCAUGGAGCAGGAACACAUGGUGAACUGGGUGGAGAAGAGUGUCAUCAACAGCAUCACCCCACAGCAGGAGAAGGAAAGCAUUGCCAAGUGCAUCUCAGAUCUGAAAAUGCUGGCUAAAGCUACACAGGCCAAGGCUAAUGUCUAAGGCCGUCUUCGUGGAGAGCUUCUCCCCAUCUUCGAAUGAGCAAAGUUGUUAUUGUUGUCGUCAUUAUUAAUAAACUAUUUCCUCUUGAUAAA